AUAAAAUGCAUUCACUCAUCAGCACAUCCCGUUUAUUUCAUUCCAUCCGUCGGAAAGAAGAACAGCGAGGAGGCUUCCCCCAGUCGUUGGUGAAAGCCGUUAACUGUCUUCUUUCCGGUCGAGAGAUCUUCCCGAAACAAUGGCUUCUCGCUUCAGCUCCAGCAUCCUCGCGGUCCUCGCUCUCACUCUUGCCCUGUGCACUCAGGGAAUCCUAGGGGAAAUUGCCUGCGAGGACCUGGACCAGGACAAGUGCGCAUUCGCUGUCUCGGCCACCAGCAAGCGGUGCGUGCUGGAGAAGCAGGUGAGGCGGAGCGGGGAGGAGGUUUACACCUGCCGUGCUUCUGAGAUCAAGGCCGAUGCCUACCUCAGGGACUACGUUGAGACCGACCACUGUGUCAGCGCAUGCGGUGUCGACCGCAAGUCCCUCGGCAUCUCAUCCGAUUCCCUCCUCGAGGCCCACUUCACCCAGAAGCUCUGCUCCACCCCCUGCUACGAGUACUGCCCCAACAUCGUCGAUCUCUACUUCAGCCUUGCCGCCGGUGAAGGAGUGUUUCUCCCAAAACUGUGCGAGGCACAGAAGGGAGAUGUGCGCAGAGGAAUGUCGGAGAUCAGGAGCUCGGGAAUGGUUGCCCCCGGACCAAUUAAGCCAGUGAAGUUCACAGCUGCCCCAGCAGUGUCUCCUUCCUACUACUAGGGCUUCAGCACCCUCAAACAAGAAGAAUUCAUAGAACCAAAACUUUUAUUUCAUAUGUUCUACAUCAUAAACACUUCAAAUUUAGAGACUAGUUUUCCAGUUUUUGGUCACUAGCCGGGCAUGGAUGCAUUAAAACAUUUUGUCGCGUGCAUUUGAUGUCACGGGCCAGAGGACCUUUACUAUGUAGCUGUGAGCAAAGGGGAUUUUACUCAAAUAAAGCGAUGCACUUGAUGUGCACGUCGCCUGCUAGGCUAAACCACGACCCAAAUUAUAUCAGUUUGUUGCUUUGUAAUGAAUCUUUGGAGUGAAAUAAAGUGUUUGUGGUGCUAAAUGAAGUCUCA